AACCAACCCCAACAUUCCAUGCCAAGAACCAUCCGGUGCACAGGCCGCAAUGCUAUACAUCGGCCUCUAUCUUGUGGCACUCGGUGUCGGAGGGAUAAAGGGAUCCCUACCUGCACAUGGCGCAGAACAAUUCGACGAGGGUACUCCGGAGAAGAGGAAGCAAAGAUCAACCUUCUUCAACUACUUUGUCUUCUGUCUUUCCUUCGGUGGCCUCAUAGCCGUAACGUUUGUGGUCUGGAUUGAGGACAACAAAGGAUGGGUUUGGGGGUUCGGGAUCUCCACCGUAGCAAUAUUGUUGUCGAUCCCAAUCUUCCUUACCGGAUCUCCUUUUUACCGGAACAAAAUUCCUUUUGGCAGUCCCUUCACAACAAUUAUUAAGGUUUUGGUUGCCGCAACAAUGAACCCCUGUCUGAACACAAGCCCAAGCAACGCCAUAGCGAACCUCACCGCAAGCCCUUCGUGUCCACAGGAGAACACAAAGGAAUCAGCAGAAAACGCCAAUGAAACCGAUCGUCCACCGCCUCAAACUCCUUCCGAAUCUCUCCGAUUCCUGAACAGAGCGGUGGCCACCAAACCAGCUCAUUCCGCCCUCCAAUGCACCGUCCAGCAAGUAGAAGAAGUCAAAAUAGUCCUAAAAAUGCUCCCCAUCUUCACGUGUACCAUCAUGCUGAACUGCUGCCUUGCCCAGCUCUCCACAUUCUCCGUCGAACAAGCCGCCACCAUGAACACCAACCUCGGCUCCCUCAAAGUCCCCCCCGCCUCCCUCCCAUCCUUCCCCAUCCUCUUCAUCAUGAUCCUCGCCCCCGUCUACGACCACUUUAUAAUCCCAUUUGCUCGUAAACUAACCAAAUCGGAAAUGGGAAUCACUCACCUCCAACGAAUUGGGACCGGAUUAGUCCUUUCCAUAAUAACCAUGGCAGUAGCAGCCGUCGUGGAGAUCAAGCGGAAGAGGGUCGCAACUGACUCAGGCCUCCUCGACUCAGCCAAUCCCUUACCAAUUACCUUCUUCUGGAUCGCCUUGCAAUACUUGUUCCUGGGGUCAGCAGAUUUGUUCACCCUGGCGGGGUUGUUGGAGUUCUUCUUCACGGAGGCGCCCGCGAGCAUGAGGUCUCUGGCUACUUCCCUCUCAUGGGCAUCACUGGCAAUGGGGUACUAUUUGAGCUCCGUGAUUGUGUCCAUCGUGAAUAACGUCACAGGGAAGUCCGGUCACCAUCCAUGGCUUUCCGGUGGCAACAUAAAUCAUUAUCAUCUCGAGCGAUUCUACUGGCUGAUGUGCGUGCUGAGCGGAUUGAAUUUCUUGCACUAUCUUUUCUGGGCCUGCAAAUACAAGUACAGAGGUUCGGGAGCAAACAAGUAGCUUAAUACAAGUAGCUAUGUGUCGCACAAGUAUGCAUAUGAUAGAUCCAACAUACCCAAAUGGAUGCCCUUUGUGUGUACAAAACUUAGACAUUGCAUGCUUAGGGACCUGAGAAAGGGUGAGGAUGAUCUAGCUAUUGUCCUGUAAGCAAGACUUGUUCUAUAAUCAUAGACUUAACUGUACUGGUGGUAAUUGGUUAUUGUGUUAACCAGUGCCAUGAAUAAUGGAACAGUUUCUGU